CGGAGUCUCGCGAGGAUUGCCCAGGGAGUUCCCAUAGAGGCUGCCGAGCGCGGGUCUGCGGUGGGAACUGAGUAGCUGUUUACGUUGGGGCUUCUCCCAGCAGGAGCUGUAUAUUGAAGACCAUGUCCGGAAGCUUCUACUUUGUAAUUGUUGGCCACCAUGAUAAUCCUGUUUUUGAAAUGGAGUUUCUGCCGGCUGGAAAAGCGGAGUCCAAAGACGAUCAUCGUCACCUGAACCAGUUCAUCGCUCAUGCUGCUCUCGACCUUGUAGAUGAGAACAUGUGGCUGUCGAACAACAUGUACUUGAAAACCGUGGACAAGUUCAACGAGUGGUUUGUUUCAGCAUUUGUUACUGCAGGUCAUAUGAGAUUCAUCAUGCUGCAUGACAUAAGGCAAGAAGAUGGGAUAAAGAACUUCUUUACUGAUGUCUAUGAUUUAUACAUAAAGUUCGCGAUGAAUCCAUUUUAUGAACCCAAUUCUCCUAUCCGAUCGAGCGCCUUUGACAGAAAAGUUCAGUUCCUUGGGAAGAAACACCUUUUGAGUUGAAUGCAGAAAAAUUUGGAAAUAAACAAUGUCACUACAAUGGGGUAUUCUCAGGAAUGUGUACAUUGUAAGUGAGUUCAGUAAAGAGCCUAGAAAAGUCUUACCUGUAGUCUGCAUUUAUCUAAACCUAAUGGAAAUCCUUAUAUAUUUCAAGACAGUACAUUCGGUUUCUCAGGAUUAGCAAUAGAUCGGUAUUUGCUUGUGAACAGUGUUAUUUAUAAACUCUUUAUAACCUUGAAAAUAUCUUUGUUCUAAAAAGUAAGAAGGGGCUUGUGACUUUACUUAUUCAGAUAGCUUCACCUUGAUGUCACAGUCCAGAACCAAAUGUCACUGUCAAGAUUCGGUAGGUUUAAAACGAAGUUUCUGCAGUAGGGAAUGAAGUGGCCAGCCUGUCCGUGGGCUGUAGAGAUGUUGUGACGAAACGUAGAGGCGGCGACCGUGGCACUUCCCGGGAAGCCGCGCCAGCAGCUCUCCGGCGCCAGGUGCCCCGUGCGCGCCGCCGUCGGGGCCUGGGCUGGGCGGUUGUGCUGUGCGCCCCGAGUCCUGCGGCCGUGUCCAAGCCGGGAGGCCGCGACCAGAGUGGCAGGAACGUUCUUACCUCGCCUUUCCCUCAGACAGUAAACUGAAGAGUUAAGUGAGCCAGUUGAUAGACGAGCGAAACGUUGUAAUUGUCAAAUUGUUAAGAAAGAAGAGUUUGUAUCACACGGACGUUUGCAUUCUGUGCUUUUUAGGCUGUCCACCCCGGGGGUGGGAGCGCCCUGCUGCCCUAAGUGGGCGCCUACUGUAAACGGGUCAGUGCCCAUUUAAAUACGAGCACUGUGACCACGUCUGUCCCGCGCAGCGUGGGAGCACUUCCGGCACUUUGUCCCAUCCUGAGUAACCUGGGCCGGUGCUUGCCUUUGGGCUCCUGCCCUUGUGGGAAGCCGGUGCCGUAAUUUUUACCCCGUCUGUCUACUUGGCUUCUCAAAUAAAGCUGUUUGUCCAAGA